GAGGCCUAGGGGUGAGAGGGCAGGACCGGGUAGGAGUUUGAAAGCAUCCGGGCGAACGGAAGAGCAUGUGAGCAUCGGCCCCUUCUCCCCGCUCUCAGUUAUCCUUAGGGGCUGGUAGCUGUCGGCCCGUGCCCGGUGUAUGGCCAUGGACCUGCAGGGUUCAGACUCCGUUCCCGGUCAAAACCACCAAGCAAACUCUGUCUCUAUCCCAAGCUCCGAGCCGCUGCGACCUGGCGGCCGAAUCUUAGAUCAAGCCGGGGGAAACAGCGCCCCGGGGACCAAGCCGACUCUCCUCACAGAGCAAGCUCAUUCUAGCGAACCCAGUAAACCGAACCCUCAGGCGAGCGGCGCGGCGAGCCUCAACUCAGAGAGCAAAGGUGGCAGUGGCAACUGUGAGGCACCAGCCGGCGAAUCCCUUCUAGGGGACUACGAACUCUCCCAGCAGAUCGGGACGCAGCUUAAACUGCUGCCGAUGAAUGAUCAGAUCCGGGAGCUGCAGACCAUCAUCCGGGACAAGACAGCCAGUAGAGGGGACUUCAUGUUUUCUGCAGAUCGUUUGAUCAGACUUGUUGUGGAAGAGGGAUUGAAUCAACUACCAUAUAAAGAAUGCAUGGUGACCACCCCAACAGGGUACAAGUAUGAAGGAGUGAAAUUUGAGAAGGGAAAUUGUGGGGUCAGCAUAAUGAGAAGCGGUGAGGCAAUGGAACAAGGUUUACGAGACUGCUGUCGAUCUAUACGAAUUGGAAAGAUCCUGAUUCAGAGUGAUGAGGAAACACAAAGAGCCAAAGUAUACUAUGCCAAAUUCCCACCAGAUAUUUACCGGAGAAAAGUUCUUCUGAUGUAUCCAAUUCUCAGCACUGGAAAUACUGUAAUUGAAGCUGUAAAGGUUCUUAUAGAACAUGGAGUUCAACCCAGUGUUAUUAUCCUACUCAGUCUGUUCUCUACUCCUCAUGGUGCUAAAUCAAUCAUUCAGGAGUUUCCAGAGAUCACAAUUUUAACUACUGAAGUUCACCCUGUUGCACCUACGCAUUUUGGACAGAAAUAUUUUGGGACAGACUGAGUUAUCAAAGAAAAACAAGUUAUCUUUUGCAAUAUUACAGUUAAUGUUUUGAGUUUCUACCUGUUUUACUAAUUCACUUGGAGAAUGGCAGAGAAAACCAUGCUUUAUAAUUUUUGGUAGUAGGUAUAGUAAAAAGGAAAUAUUUGAGAUUUAAUGUAUUUGUUUGUUUCUUGACUGAUGGCACCAAAUUCAAAAAUGCAGCACACAUAACUCUUAGAAAAUAUUUUAAUAAUAUUCUAAUGCAAGUUGAUGAUCCCUCAAUGCAUUGACACAGUUUCCUAAUUUUUGAACCUCUCAGUGUGGAUGUUGUUUGCAGCCACAAAUAAAACCCAACUGGGAUUCUGUUCUUUGGCCCACUCUACUUUGCAUUUUGUUUAGUUUACUUUUAGGUUUAGGGAGAUUUCAUGUAUAUGACUGUUGUCACCUUCUCCUCUUUACUUCCCAGUACUAUACAUGCUGGUAACUUGAACAGGGUGAAAAAAAGAAUACCUCCUGGAAUUUUACAUUUCGUUAAUAGCGUCACUCAAUUAGUAGACCCAGGCUAUAUGGUUAGCUCUUCAGUCAAGCCAUUAUGUUCUUUGUGGCUCCGUUUCCAUCAUGUGCAUUGUUGGUAGGUGCUUUGCCAAGUGUAAUGAAGUGAAGAAAUGAUGGAGCAUUUCCACCAACUGGAACUAUAAUAUUAAUUUACAUAGAUAGAUUGAACCAAGGAUAUCUGGAAUUCCCUGGAAAGGAAUUGGUAAUUUUUCUGAAGUAUGGGGGGGGGGGAACGGUUUCUUGCCGAGUUUUAUGGCCAGUAAGUACAUUAAAAUGCUACAUUUUUAAUUUGGAUAUUUCAUAUGAUUUGGAAAUGAGUUAUUUUACAUGCCUGUCAACUGAAGAUGUAUUAAAAUUAAAAACACUAUAUUUUUAAAAUCCUCCAGUUAUAUAUGUGUUUAUAUUUAGGCCUUGAAAAGCAAGAUAAACUGUUGUAGAAAACAAUGUUUGUGUUUGGAAACUUUUUUGUAAAAUCCUGAUCUCAUUUUACAUUGAUAAUAAAUAUUUUAACAGUG